AUGCGUUUAUAUAGCAAUAUAGCUUGCAAAUUACAUAUAUUUUUUACUUAUUAUUUUCUUAAUUUAUCUCCAACAUUACUUGUUGCUGUAAGUGUUCAGCGUUAUCUUGCUAUAGCAAAACAUCAUUAUUCAAAAAGACAUUGCACUGUCAAAAAUGCCUACAUGGUUAUUGGUUUAAUAUGUUUAUUUUCCAUUUUUAUUCAAUUACAUUGGGGUAUUUUUUAUGAAAUUAUAUUAGUACCUAAGCAAUCGACAUUAUUAAAUGUUACAGUAUCAUAUAGACGUGUAUGCAAUGUAUCAUUAGAAUAUCCAAAUUAUUUAUGGUUUCGUUCUAAUAUGAUCGGAUAUAUUCAAUGGUUUUUUUUUACAUUAUGUCCAUUUGUAACAAUGUUGAUACUUAAUUCUUUAAUAUUAAAAGUAAUUGCUUCGGCACGACGCAUUCAACAACGUAUUAAUCAAAAAAACCAACGUAAAAAAGCUAAACAGCGAAAUAUGACAAUUAUGCUUCUCUCUGUCUCAUGUGUAUUUAUCUUAUUAACAGCACCAGCAUCAACAUUUAUGGCAUUUGGACAUUUAUUUAAAAACUUACAUGGAAUAAAUUCACAAUCUUUAUGGACUAUGUUCUCAUUAAUUUAUUAUGCAAAUACAGCAGCAAAUUUUCUACUUUAUUUUUUAACAGCUGAUGUUUUUCGGCAAGAACUUCGUGUUAUGAUUUUAUCUUUACCUGGAUGUUCAAAAAUUUUAUCUGAAUAUUGUCCAAAUGAUAGAGCAAAUGCUACACCUCUAGCUGGUAAUGGUGGAGGUGGAACAGGAUUAAUAACAACAGCUAUUGUAGCAAAGACUCAAAUGACUACUUUUCCUUUAAUUGAUCCAACAUCCUAUAAUCAUGACAAACUGAAUAGGAUAAAGAGAAAUGAUUAUUGA